AUGGUGCUGGGGAAUAUGGCGGUGCAGUGGUGGAGGCAAUGCCGGAGGUGGAGUACAAGCUGUACUAGCACGGGUUUAUUUGAGACCUUGUGGCAAUUAAACGUCAGGUCUGUGUCCGUGUCCGCGUCCUCUCUAGGGCCGACAAGCCGGAGCUGCCGGCCGGGGAAGGAGGGUCGGCCAUCAGCUUUACACUUAACCUCGUCUCCCACCAGACACAAGUCACGGUUGCUGGAUCUACAUUUUUGCUGUUGCAGAAAGAUACACAGUGAUGCAAAGCUGAAGGACCCCUUCACAUUAGCCCAGAAUGAUUUAAAAAGUUUAUAUGAUGACAUCAGAAAGGAGCUGUUUGUAUCCAAAGAAGAGCUGAAAUUUUUAUGCGACUACUACUUUGAUGGCAAGGGCAAGGCCAUCCGACCAAUGAUAGUUGUCCUGAUGGCCCGGGCACUCAACAUCCAUAGCAACAGAGCUGGGGAUUUGCUCCCAGGGCAGAGGGCCAUAGCUAUGAUCUCAGAAAUGAUCCACACUGCCAGCCUGGUGCAUGACGACGUUAUAGACGGAUCAGAUAAACGAAGGGGGAAAAGAACCAUCAAUGAAAUUUGGGGUGAAAGAAAGGCUAUCUUGGCUGGAGAUUUCAUCCUCUCAGCUGCCUCCAUGGCCUUGGCUCGUAUUGGUAACAACACAGUGGUCAAAGUGCUGUCCCAGGUGAUAGAGGACCUGGUACGAGGUGAAUUCAUGCAGCUGGGUUCCAAAGAGAACGAGAAUGAGCGAUUCAAACACUACCUCGAGAAAACCUUCAAGAAGACAGCGAGUCUUAUUGCAAACAGUUGUAAAGCAGUAUCCAUUCUUGUUAAUUCUGAUCCUGAAGUUCAUGAAAUAGCCUACCAGUAUGGGAAGAACGUUGGCAUUGCAUUUCAGCUGGUAGAUGAUGUUUUGGACUUCACAUCAGGAGCCAAUCAUUUGGGGAAGCCCACGGCUGCAGAUCUGAAACUGGGCUUGGCCACCGGGCCGGUUCUGUUUGCUUGCCAACAGUUUCCUGAGCUCCAUGCAAUGAUCAUGAGACGCUUCAGCUCUAAAGGAGAUGUAGAUCGAGCCUGGCAGUACGUCCUUCAGAGCGAUGGCGUGCAACAGACCAACUACCUGGCCCAGCGCUACUGUCAAGAAGCCAUUAAGCAGAUCAGUAUGCUGAGGCCGUCGGCAGAGAGAGACGCCCUCAUCAGACUCACUGAGAUUGUGCUCACCAGAGACAAGUGAACCACCUCUGCCAGGCUUCACUUCAGGCAGCUACCAGUGAAGGCACCUCACCCAACCCACCACCGUAUCUAUGCAGGCCAGGGUUGGACAAAAACAGUGAGAGAACAAUGGCAGUUUGGUUCUGAUUGACCCCUGGUGCUGGUUUUAGAGCCAACUCUGAAAGAAUAAUUUGUCAGAACUCUUAAUCAAAAUCAAGGGAUCAAAAACAGCAUGCAGGGCUCUCUCUGAACUGAUGUUUCAUGGCUCUCUCAACUAAUCACAAACAUUUACAUGAUUAAUAUACACGAUGCUGAGCUGCUUAAAUGAUAUAUUUAAAUACAAGUGGGUUUCGGUACAACUCUUUUCUUCCAGAUUCCCUGAAUGAUACUGACGGUGAUGAUUUGGAAAAGAAAAUAUACACUUUAAUGAAUGGUUGGCACUGAAACACUCGGCUGUGUACAGUACUGUAACUGCAACAACCUCCCAGAUUUCAAAACUAGCUGACUGUGACUAGACAGUUUGUUACAUGCUAGUGCUGAACUGUGGCAGCAUUGCAAAAUCUGCGUGAUUCCAAACACAGUGGAAGUGAGACUUUGUCAUUGGUGUGUUUGUUUGGAUCUGUGUCAUUGUCUUUUGAGAUCCGUCCACACCUCCAGAGGCCAAAAAGUCAUGCAUAUUUGACUUGUGAAAUGUUGUAAGAUUACUGUCCUGUAACAACCAAGGCCUUAACAUCUACAAUGACUAUGUGCUCAAUAAACCUGUUGUUUUGUUUUGUUUUUUUACUUAAGUCAAA